AUACAGUAACUAUUUAACAAAAUCAGUCUUCUUCUAGACACCACAUAGUAUAACCGUGAUUAAAAGACUUCUAACUAAACAGUUUUAAAACAACGAAAAAAAAGAAACCCAUCCCAUAAAGGAUAAACCUAACCAUUCGUCGCUCAUCCGAACGUGAACGUAACGUUCAAAAACAAGAAAUAAAAUACGGAAAUGUUUGGAAUUUUCGAGAUGUGCCGGAAGCAAGUCGCUGCACUCAUUCUGCCACUCGUGUUGGCAUCCUUGACCGGGUACUCGUCAGAAGCACUCAGCACUUUUGGGGUCUCAAAUACGAAGCCGCCCUCCGCAGCCCCAACCGCCCCACCCGCCCGACCAUGCUCCCGUCAAGCAGAGUGUGCUGGUAUCAGCAGCAGUUCAUGUGUGCGCACCCACUACGAUCCUGUGACUCGCUGUCUCUGUGGGGACAACCAGCCUCCUGUGAAUGGCCAGUGUGACUCGCAGACUAAAGCUCUCUACCACGUCUGCGCAAACAGUGACGAGUGCAACGACGGGCUGAUCUGCGGCACCCCGAACAUCACUGGCACAGCACCGCUGCACCUCAGGGUUCACGCACCCACGGACAAGAUCUGCCUCUGUGACGCCGACACCGGGUUCACUGAGAAGGAACAUACUUGUAACGAUGCCGAAAUUCUCAAGACGUCUCUGCUAGCCAUCUUCCUCGUCUCUUGCAUAAGAAAGAUCUUAGCCAACUAAUUUAUCUACCAUCACCAAUUACUUUCCUUUUAUGAUCAUCACAUUUUUUUAAAAGAUUUGGAAAAUCCGGACUCGGAAAAGGGAAUUUAGAACGUGGUUUUAGUUCUCAACAAAAUACUUGUAAUCGUGGAAUAUACGCUGCGUAGAAAGAGUUUUGAGCGGUGAGGGAUGAUGGGUUCCCUACCUAAGAAGGGGUUUUUAACGACUUCAAAAAUCAUCAAAUGACCCCUCGCGGAUUGGGUUAGCAGCGGUGUGGGACUGUCAGACUCUUACUGACUAAAAACCGUCGUGUUCCGUCGUACCUUUUAUGUACCAGCGCCGCGGUAACUCGCGCGAACAAUCCCGCAGCCCCGGCAGACCGCAGCCCCAGAGACACAUUAGUUGCAAAACACCAAAAAGUUUGGAGCGACCUUAUACCACAAUAAGUUUUUUCUAGUCCAGGAUUUUCCAAAAGUUUUCUGUAGUUUGUAAUUUCACGUGUUUAUAGAAGUAAUUUAAGUAAAGAGACAUAUGUAAAAUUAAAUUUUACAAUAAAAAUAGCAGAUUAAGCUGAAAUUGUAUAAAUUUGCGAAUUUUCUUAUUUUUUUAUUCACUCGAAACUUUAGUACAAAAACACAACAUGUUUUAGCUUUUAAAUAAAAAGAAAAAAAUAAUUGCUUAGAAUUAAUAAAUAAAAAUUAAAUAAAGAAAAUGAAUUAUUAAAUACGUCCAUUAAAAUUAAGGUUAUAAAUGUAAAUAGGAUUAAUAUUGACAUUUAAAUUAAGAAUCACUAUUUUUUUUAAUAGAAAU